AAUGCCUGCAAGAGGUGAAUCGCACACCAGAAAGCGAUUAUUUGCAGAAGGCGCUAUUGGCGUUCUUCCUCGGAGCUCUACACGAUCUGAUAAUAAAAGUGUUGGGACAAUUGCUGGGACGAGUGGAUUAUCAUGUCCUCCGAAUUCCGGCAAAAUUAAAGUAUACAAAUGGUGUUCAUGCAAAGAGGAAAGAGAUAAAGAAUCGGAGGACAUGAUGCUGAUAUGUGAAACCACAAACAAAAAGAACUGUCCAGGUAAAGGCUACUACCAUCAGGAGUGCCUAGGAAUUGAAAGAGUACCUAAAGGAAAGUGGCUGUGCGACUUCUGCAAACAGAAAUCUAAAAAUAAUUUAAUUGAAAACAUUAAAGAACGAAUAAACCGUCCAGUUGCUUGCUAA